AUGACUGACCAGGCGCCUCAGCGUACAAGACUUACAAAGUCAAAGGCCACGGCUUCAACAACAGCUAUACAGACCUUGGAAAUAACAACGACAGCUGUGGUAACUACAAAUAAUGACAGUUUAACACCUUCGCCUCCAACAACUACUGCCACUGAAGACUCCGAAGAGUUGACACGAAAACAAUCUCACCAUCACCAUUAUCAUCAUAUUCGGUCUCCUGCAUUUGAAGCAAAUUCAACUCUCAGUUCCCCAUUGCCUUCACCGCAGAUUGUUGACACACUAACUCCUAUUUCCGCUGAGCUUGUCUUACCACCACCGAUCGUAAAAGGCCCUUCAGAAGCAAUAGUUGCACUUCAAGAUGCUGCUAAUGCGACAAAUAAGAAACCUCUAAAAAAUAAAUCAGCCUCAACUGAAAUCCAGCUUUUCGAAUCAUCAUUUUUUUCUGCAGCACUCUUGAUUCAAUGGUCUAAUCUUAUGGGCCCCAAGGUUGAAAAAGUGUGGUCAGUUGAGCCCAUGGAAGAAAAAUUACAGAUGAUGAUUGGUAGGCAAGUAUUAAACGGGGAAAUGGGAAGAACCUUAAAAGGUGUGGAGCCGAAAUGGAUCGUACUUCAUCGACAAGCCAUUAUCUGCACUGCAUUUUUGUUCCAAGAUCCUACUUUAGAAUCAUUGUGUGCAUUCGUAUUGGUUGUACCCGUAAGAUAUUUAAGGAACUUCUCACAGUAUUUCAAUGUACUGUGUGAUCGUAUACCCAGUCAAUUAGUUGAUCCUCUUUUAAAGUUACGCAAAAUUCAUAAACGUCACUCAAUCGUAGGUUUAUCAGUGAUAAGAUAA